CAAGCAUGUUGUUCCGCCUGGCCUCGGAUGAAGGAGGCUACUAUUUGACAUUCUCAGACGUGUCUCAAGCGAUAUCGGUAUGCUUAGCAAAGCACAGUUUUCUGACUUACAGCUCUUCUUAGUAUGUGGUUAAUGUUCAAUUGUUUUAAUUUGCUCAGAACGAAUAACAGCUGUAGUCAGUUGAUUUUUGGCAAAACAGCACGCUGUGCAGUGUCAUGAAUAUUUAAAGAGAAUUCUAAUACGAGAGCUGAGUUCGUUUAUUCAGUAAUAUAUGAUAGGCACGUUAUUAAUGUGUGCUUGAACUGGAAUAAAAAAAGACUUGGAAUUACAAACGCGUAGAAGUUUUCUGAUUGUGAUAAUCAACUUGCCUUAGUCAGACGUCAUGAGGCGACGCAAUGUGGGAGGGGUGAAUUAUUUUACAGGGUUAGAGGAAGAGGGGAGGACAGUGAAUGAAUCAAUCGAGCUAGCUGUUGCUGGAGAGCAGGCUAAGAAAGGACGACGUUCGGGAACGGUACAAAGAUCCGCGAUGUCUAAAGAAAUGGAGAGAAGUGAGAAAAUCAUGGAGUCGAAGGUAAUGUGGUACCCGGACUCCAAGAAAAACACCCAAAUGGACAGAUUCAGGAGCCUUGUGAACCGGGAUUUCGGGCUGAAUCUGGCCACCUACGACGAGCUGUAUCAGUGGUCAGUGGAGAAUUAUGCUGAAUUCUGGGCUGAAGUCUGGAAGUUUUGCGGCAUCGUUAGUUCACAUAUCUACGAGGAGGUUGUUGAUCUGUCUAAGAGGAUAUCGGAUGUCCCUGAAUGGUUCAAAGGCAGCCGCCUGAACUAUGCAGAGAACCUUCUGAAGCACAAAGAUCAAGACAAAGUGGCCCUAUAUGCAGCUACGGAGGCCAGUGAUGAGAUCACCAAGGUGACGUUCAGGGAGCUGUCCCGGGACGUGGCGCUUUUUGCCGCCGCCAUGAGGAAGAUGGGUGUACGCACAGGUGAUAGAGUGGUGGGAUACCUGCCCAAUGGGAUACAUGCUGUAGAAGCCAUGUUAGCGGCGGCUAGCAUCGGCGCCAUCUGGAGCUCCACCUCCCCAGACUUUGGGGUUAACGGAGUCCUGGACCGGUUCUCCCAGAUCCAGCCCAAGAUCAUCUUCUCUGUUGCAGCAGUGAUCUACAAUGGCAAGUUGCACGAUCACAUGGAGAAGCUGCAGAGUGUUGUCAAAGGCCUGCCGGACCUCAAAAAGGUGGUUGUCAUUCCAUACGCCCGCUCCAGGGAAGAGACGGACCUCUCUCGAAUUCCAAACAGCGUGUUCCUGGAGGACUUCCUGUCCAUGGGGAAAGAGGGGGACCAGGAUCCACAGCUGGAGAUUGAGCAGCUGCCUUUCAGCCACCCGCUGUUCAUCAUGUUCUCCUCUGGGACCACUGGCUCUCCCAAGUGCAUGGUUCACUCUGCAGGGGGAACGCUCAUCCAGCACUUAAAGGAGCACAUUCUGCACGGCAGCAUGACCAGCAGUGACAUCAUCAUCUACUACACCACGACGGGCUGGAUGAUGUGGAACUGGCUCAUCUCCUCUCUGGCGGUGGGGGCGUCUGUUGUUCUCUAUGAUGGUUCCCCCCUGGUCCCCACGGCCAACAUCCUCUGGGACCUGGUUGACCGACUAGGGAUCACCAUUUUUGGAACCGGUGCCAAGUGGCUCUCCGUGUUGGAAGAGAGAAAUCUCAAGCCAGCCGAAACGCACAGCCUGCAGAGUCUCCACACCAUCCUGUCCACUGGCUCCCCGCUGAAGCCCCAGAGCUACGAGUACGUCUACUCCAGCAUCAAGAGCAACGUACUGCUGGGCUCCAUCUCCGGUGGGACAGACAUCAUCUCCUGCUUCAUGGGACAGAAUAUGACUGUGCCUGUUUACCGUGGUGAGAUCCAGUCCCGAAACCUGGGCAUGGCUGUGGAGGCAUGGAGCUAUGAUGGAAAGCCAGUAUGGGGGGAGAGUGGGGAGCUGGUAUGCCUGAAACCCAUUCCCUGCCAACCCACCCACUUCUGGAACGACGAGAAUGGGAGCAAGUAUCGCAAGGCGUACUUCUCAAACUUCCCAGGGGUGUGGGCCCAUGGAGAUUAUUGCAAGAUCAACCCAAAGACGGGGGGAAUAGUUAUGCUCGGUAGAAGUGAUGGAACUUUAAAUCCCAACGGAGUGCGAUUUGGAAGCUCUGAAAUCUAUAACAUCGUGGAGGCCUUUGAGGAGGUGACCGACAGCCUGUGUGUUCCCCAGUACAACAACGACGGGGAGGAGCGUGUCAUCCUCUUCCUAAAGAUGGCACCUAAUAAGGAAUUCUGCCCCGAGCUGGUGCAGCGCGUCCGCGCCGCCAUCCGCACUGGCCUGUCCGCCCGGCACAUCCCCGCCUUCAUCCUGGAGACACAGGACAUCCCGUACACCAUCAGCGGAAAGAAGGUGGAGGUAGCUGUCAAGCAGGUGUUAGCGGGAAAGGAAGUCAGCCAGAGAGGCGCCUUCUCCAACCCCGCUGCUUUGGAUCUCUACAAGAACAUUCCCGAGCUUCAGGGCUUCUGAGCCAGCGCUACUGCUGGCUGCAAGGGGAGGGAGAGCAGGGUGACGCCCUGCCAGGGACACCUCUGCUCACAGGAACCGGGUCAUGCAUGCUUUUAAUUGAGGAUCCAUUCAGACUAGGCUGUAUGUCUCCGUACUCAAUGCCAGGAAGUGGAAAGUGGGGGAGCAUUCGGUGCCCACCUGCCUGAAAAACAGCCCAGGCUUGGGGCAUCUUGCUGGGGGAGUUAGGGACAUACCACCUGAAUUUCAGAAUAUCUGCUCGUUCCCUCUGUGAACACAUCUUAGGAUUUUUUUCUUCUUUUUUAUUUUUGAAAUGCAGACAUGGAAGAAUAACCCUUUGGUGUUAGGCUGAUGAUGCAAAUUGUUUUUGUCACUUUAAGCCAGAACCGGAGAAGCGAUUUGUCAGUAAAUAGCAGGUUUAGGGUAACACUAAUAUUUGUUUAAUGGGCUUGAGCCUUUAUCUUCCAUCACAGUAAGUGGACUUUUUAAGCACCAGUCCUAUUCUGUUACAAGGUGUGAAAUCCAGCAAAGGGUAACUUGAUUUGAUUAAAUAAAUAGAUUCAAUGCCUUGCAGGAAAGUUUAGGACCUUCCUGUACAAUCUUGAGUUGUAGCUUUAGUAAUGGUUUUUAUGUAAACCGAAUACAGAAAGUGAUUAACGUAUUCUGUGAAACUUGCGUCAUUAUGUUAAUUAUAAAAACAGGAGUGAGCAUUUUAAAAAAUGUAAAAAUACAUAUUUUUGUUUGCUGAGCCCUUGUGCUAUUUUGCAGCACUAUUUAUAAAUAUAGAAUUAGGAAAGACAAUUAAUUAUUAGUUGGCUUUUUUUGAAGUCUAAGUUCUUUUAAAUUAUUAUUAGCCUCUUCGAUUCACUUAUUCCUGCUUAAACCUCAUGCACGCUUGACAUCGUCUUGCAAAAGUAGCUUAUCAGUGGAAAAUUGUAUGUUUCUGCUUUUAUGUCUAUUAAAACAAACCCUUGGCCUAAGCUCUAUGUACUCUUCCAGCUACCUACUAACUGAAGAACUCAGCUCUGUAUGUUUUAAGCUACUUACUAACUAUACUAAGUAUGAGCCGAUCCACAUUUUUCCAGUUCUAAUCCGAUUCCGAUACAUAACUGCUGAUACAGAUUCCAAUACAAAAUCUCUUUUUACUUUAAUAUUAUCAAUAGAGGCACACUGAUCCCACUUUUUCAGUGCUGCUACAAUCCCAACACCUGAGCAGAGGGAAUCGGCCAAUAAGUAUUGAUCUGAUACCAGUUUUUUUUUUUUUUAACUAGUGGAAAAUGGAAAAUGUAUUCCAAAAAAGCUUUAAUUCGGCUACUAGAGUCAUACAUAACAUACUUAGGUUAGCUGAGCUGAAUCUGUUUAGCCUCGAGCAAAGGAGAUUAAAGGGGGGGGACAUGAUCCAGGUAUAUAAGAUUCUAACAGGUCUGGAUGCUGUUCAGCCAAAUGGCUGUUUCAAUAUUAGUUUAAAUACUAGCACUUGUGGCCAUAAGUGGAAAUUAGCAGGAGAACAUUUUAAAAUGAAUUUGAGGAAGCACUUCUUUACAUAGCAUGUAGUUAGAGUAUGGAAUAGUCUUCCUGCUAGUGUAGUGUAAGCUAAAACCCUGGGUUCCUUUAAAUUAGAGCUAGAUAAAAUUUUAACAACUCUGAGCUAUGAGUUAUGUUCUCUCCAAAGGGGCUUGAUGGGCCGAAUGGCCUCCUCCACCAGUAUCACAAGCUGCUGCGAGUGAGCAUAACAGCCCAAGCAAUAGCAACUCCCAGAUUAUCCAUUGCUUUUUUCAUAAUACUCUCGUUGUCUCAUCACUGUGCUUCAUCUAGUGGGAUUUUCCACUAAAUGCUAGUUCCACCUCUGAAAACUUUUUUGCAAAUUAUAAUAUAAAAAUUGUAAAUCGCUGUGGUCGUUAAAAAUGUAAAGUACUUCCAGAUCUUCACCUACAUAUCUGAUGUUCUUACGCACCUCCUACUGCAAAGGAUAUGCACGUGAUGUCACAGCAGGCGGAAGUCACUGCACUCGCAACCACUGAGUGGCAAUUGGACUGAGUGCCACCGUUAAUGUUCAGCUUGGAUGCCUCAAAAAUGCGUCUAAAAUGGGAAAGGGAGGUUGUGUAAUUGAUUGUACAAAUUGAUUUAACAAGAAAUAGGAGCUAUACUUUUUACAGACUGCUGAAGACUAAAUAAGUAUUGAACAUAUAACCAAUACCUGAUACGUAUAUUAGGUAUAGAUUGGUGACGAUUCCAGUCCCAAAUAUGGGAUCAGUGCACCUUUACUACUAACCGAGUUCAGCUCUGUGUACGCUUUGAGAUGCCUACUAACCGAAGAGUUCAGCUCUGUGUACGCUUCGAGAUGCCUACUAACCGAAGAGUUCAGCUCUCUGUACGCUUCGAGAUGCCUACUAACCGAAGAGUUCAGCUCUGUGUACGCUUCGAGAUGCCUACUAACCGAAGAGUUCAGCAUGCCUAGCUUCAGUGUUUUACCGCAUUUGUCUUCCAUUUUAGGAGCAUUGUUCUUCACAAAGGCAGUACUGUGCUAGCUGUAGUCUCUUCCUGUACAUGUGCUCAUUGGCGACUUAUUGUGUCCGCACAGCAUUUGUGAGUAAUGACCUAACCAAUGUGGGCCCCAGGUGGAGUUUUUACUCUUCUUGUGCCUCGGACCCCUCUGGCUGUUUUGUGAGGCUAAGGAUCCUUUUGUCAUAAAAAAUUAUAUGAAAAUAUCUGUGUUCUUCUGGUGACAGUCACAGGUACUGCUAACAGUACUGUGGUUUCUUUGCCUGCAUUCGUAACUGAAGGAAAUACUAGGUUUCAGUUAGAGGAUAGUGAAAAUAAAGAUCCCAUGCAAGUUGAUGGACCCCUUGAAAUUUUGGGGGACUGUAUUGACCUUCUGUCUGGAAACUGUGCUUCAAAGGAGGGGAAAGAGCUGUGGUAUGUAACCUUCCAGCCUACGCCUAUAACCCCCGCUGAAAUGCUGCUCUCAUUUUAAGCUAUUAAGGGUGUCAGAGUUAUCCAUACAAUGAUGGAAAAUGAUAUUGCUCCAUACAUAAGUAGACUGUUUAAUGUGUCCUCUUGAGAUAUUGUGUUUGUUCUCUGUGUCACAUUCACCAUGGCGACUGUAAAUUAAAGGAAAUGUAGCUCAGCUCCUCAGCGCUUGAGCAUCUUGAGCAGCUUCCUGUUUCUGCAACUGUGAUGGAUGUGCUUGCAUGUAAACACCACACACAGUGGGCCAGAUGUCCCUACUCUUCAGUGCAGUAUUACUCUGCGUGUGUCUGAUGCAUAUUCACAGCGCUGUCUUCCCUGACCCGAGCUUCUGCUGUAGCGAGUUGGUUUUUUUUAAAGGGCCUCCGUGAGGUUUGAAGGGCGUCGUGUCCUAGCAGCGAUUUCCAGCAAGGUGACCAUAGAUCUACUUCACUAACUCCUACAUGUUCAGUGCUUUUGGACAGGUGAUCCUGAGUAAAGAGGGAAACAUCACAGCCGAACCCUGAGUUACUUCCUAAGGAAAGAGCAGGAUCAUCUUGUAUGCGGGACUCUAUUGGUCCGUACAUUUGUUUUCACUCAUUCAUCAAAAAUCCUACUAUUGUCUUUCUGUUUAUUUGAUCUGUAAACGACAAAAUAAGUGUAAAAAGGUUUCGUUAAUGUUGAUGCUCCAAAUAAAGAAUACAUCAAAGUCUUUUUGAAGAUGAGGAAUUUUAGUAAUGAACGACAGUUUUGUCAUUUUCAUUGCACUACCUUUAAUGUGGAAUGGAUGGUCUGUUGAUGAAAAUACUCAUUGCAUUUACAUUGAACAUAUGUACAUAUCUGAAAUAAAAUCUGCCCUAUAUAGCCACUGAUGUUUUGGGAAUACAAUCUGGUUCCUUUUAUUGUA